GCACAAGGUGACACUUUGUCCCAUCCUACACUCACUGACUGCCGCUGUGUGCGCCAGCCGCUAACCAAGGACCCUCCGAAGGCCGCAACAAACCGCUCCCAGCCAUGUACGCCUGCGCCAAAUUCGUCACUUCUCCAGCUGUGCUGCGUGGGGGGUCCAGAGUCCUCGCCCGGCCAGUCUCGGUCUCCGUCUUCAACAGACCUGAAGCCACAGCGGAGCAGCAGGCCCUGCUGCCCGUCGGCCAGUCUGCAGUCCUGAGCCGCUCCUUCCAGACCAGCGCCGUCUCCCGGGACAUCGACACCGCCGCCAAGUUCAUCGGCGCCGGCGCCGCCACUGUGGGCGUGGCCGGCUCCGGAGCUGGAAUCGGAACCGUGUUCGGCAGCCUCAUCAUCGGCUACGCCAGGAACCCCUCCCUGAAGCAGCAGCUCUUCUCCUACGCCAUCCUGGGCUUCGCCCUGUCUGAGGCCAUGGGUCUCUUCUGUCUGAUGGUGGCUUUCCUCAUCCUCUUCGCCAUGUAAAGCCCAGAACGAGUAGCUCCGCCCCCAUUUGCCAUCACUUACUCCCCUGUCUCCCUGCCUCUCUUCCUUCCACCUGGAGGGGGAGGGGAGGGGCAUGUUCCACAACGGUAACUCUGAAUGAGCUGAUGGGCCAUUCCAAAAGGAAAUAAAAAUAUAUAUAUAUAUAUAUAUGAAUGGAAACCAUAUUCACAUCUGAGGUUAACAAACCUCUAGCCGUAUUUCUUUUUUGUUCCUACGUUUAUUUUUGUUUUUCGUAAGACCUCACUUCAGUUGAAAUCUGUCCAAAAUAAAUGGUUGGGAUAACUAAAAUCUG